UACUUUUAAAAUAAAUAUCCACGAGAAGAAAGUUGCUAAAAGAAGAAGACGAUUUUCAAGAGAACGAAAAAAAUAAAUAAAAAUCAAAGAAUAGCAGCAAGAUAAAUCGGCCGGAUCUAUCGAUGGCGGGCCGAGCAUUCGCGACGGAGGUGGAAGCGCCAGCGAGGGAGAGGGAGUACAGGGAGGGGGUUGCCAAGGAUAAGAGGACGGGGGUUCCGGUUUACGUGAUGAUGCCUCUGGACAGCGUGGCGAUGGACAACACGGUGAACCAGAGUAAGGCGAUGAGCGCUAGCUUGCAGAAGCUGAAGAGCGCAGGGGUGGAGGGGGUGAUGAUGGACGUGUGGUGGGGGUUGGUGGAGAGGGACGCGCCGCGCGCGUACAACUGGGGCGGCUACACCGAGCUCAUCGAGAUGGCCAAGAGACACGGCCUCAAGGUCCAGGCCGUCAUGUCCUUUCACCAAUGUGGCGGAAACGUCGGCGACUCCGUCACUAUUCCUUUGCCCAAGUGGGCCGUGGAAGAGAUUGACAAAGACCCAGACCUUGCGUACACGGAUCAAUGGGGGAGGAGGAAUUAUGAAUAUCUAUCGCUUGGCUGUGAUACCCUCCCAGUCCUCAAGGGCCGGUCACCUGUCCAGUGUUAUGCUGAUUUCAUGCAUGCCUUCAGAGACAACUUCAAGCACGUACUUGGUGAUACCAUCGUGGAAAUCCAAGUUGGGAUGGGUCCAGCAGGGGAGCUCCGAUACCCUUCAUAUCCAGAGCAGAAUGGGACAUGGAAAUUUCCAGGAAUCGGUGCCUUCCAGUGUUAUGACAAGAAUAUGUUGGGUAGCUUAAAAGCUGCAGCAGCUGAAGCUUCCGUUAAGCCAGAAUGGGGUAGCACAGGCCCUACAGAUGCUGGCCAGUACAACGACUGGCCGGAAGACACCCGAUUUUUCAGAAGAGAAGGUGGUUGGAAUAGCACUUAUGGUGAAUUCUUUCUUAGCUGGUACUCCCAGAUGCUAAUAGACCAUGGCGAAAGAAUACUUGCCUCAGCCAAGUCGAUCUUUGAGAACAAAGGUGUUAAGAUUUCGGUCAAGGUUGCAGGCAUCCACUGGCACUAUGGGACUCGGUCCCAUGCCCCUGAGCUCACGGCAGGGUACUAUAACACUCGAUUCCGAGAUGGGUACCUUCCUAUUGCCCAGAUGUUGGCUCGCUACGAUGCUAUACUCAAUUUCACUUGCAUUGAGAUGCGUGAUCAUGAGCAGCAGCCAGAGAAUGCCCGUUGUGCACCUGAGAAGCUUGUGAGACAAGUGGCAUUGGCUACCCUGAAAGCACAAGUCCCACUUGCUGGGGAAAAUGCAUUGCCUCGAUAUGAUGAACUUGCGUACGAGCAGAUCUUACGAGCAUCGUCAUUGAAUAUAGAUGGUAAUGCAGACAAGAGAAAGAUGUGUGCAUUCACAUACUUGCGGAUGAACCCGCAGUUAUUCCAGGAGGAUAACUGGGGACGUUUUGUGGCAUUUGUGAAGAAGAUGAAGGAAGGAAAGGGUGCUCACAAGUGAAGGAAUGGGUGCAGGAAGGUGCUGUUGCCCUUAUGCACUAAGAGUUUAGGUUAGGCUUUGGGGACUGGGGGAAAAGGGAAAAGGGAAGUGGGGAACAUGUUCAUAUCGUGGCAAAUAAUGGUCCCUGCCAUGUUCGAUUUUCUAUAGCUGUUUCCUUUAUAUGCCGUGGCUAUAUAAAUGUAUAAUGUUGUGUUAUAAUGCGGGGAUUAUAGGGUUGGUUGUCUCAAUACCCAAAUCCUCUUUCUUUCCUCGUGACAGGAUAAUGCAUAACAUAUUUAUAGUUAUAAUUGUAUUAUCAUAUACAUUUUUAUAAUC